AGGUGCAGUAUCACGAUCAAGUUUGAGGAUUUUACGGAAGAUUUGCUCAGGGGCUACAUCCGCAGCUGAUGGGUGCCGGGAUGCGACUGAGCUACACCAUGAUCAAGUUCGGUGCAACAUGGCAUAUCUCAUGAAACGUUGGAGCCAGGGAGGGCAUCCAGAGAGGUCUUUCUCAAAGAGAGAGUUUGAUUUCACCCUGCGCUGGAAUGUGGCGGAAGCGGCUGCGCGGUACCGUCUCAGCCACGGGCGCUUGGUCAAGCUGCGGCUCUGCGGGAAAACGACCUUUGCCACAUCUGAGGCCAAGGUCAUCGAGCACAUCAUGGGGCCAGGAGCUCGGAACUAUUUGCUGCGGCCUGGCCAGCAUUGGGGUUUGGCCGCAAUUGGCAUGCUCGACCGGGGCAUCAUUUGGAAUCAGCAUCUAGACAGUUUCCGCAAAAACCGCGAGUGCUUCCAGAAUGCCCUGCGCAGCAGCGAGCUCACCCGAGGGAGCUCUCUGGCCAGGAAAGCCACCUGCAGAUGGAUCUCAACUUUUAGCCUUCAGUGGGAGGAGGUGGAUAUGAUGGACGCGAUGGGAGAGCUGACAGUGAGGACAGCGCUUCCCUUGUUUUUUGAGAUCGAUGCAGACGAGCUUGGCACAGAAGAGCUGCGAGAGCUGAGGAACUCGAUCAAAGGCUAUUUCAAAGCAUGGGAGUUCUUCUUGUUGAAGCCGCCCAUCUACAGGGUCUUCGAUUUCCUCCGCUCCCUUUUGGGAGGACCAUCACGCUGCAAAGAAGCUCAGGCCAAGGUUCGGCGAGUUCAGAUGGCCAUCGACAGAUUGUUGAGCCGGAUUCCAGAAGAAAAGUGGUCUUCCGGGAUUUGGCUUCCAUCCAUACGGAAGAUGAGCCACGUGGACCGGCGACAGAUGUGCAUCGAGCUGCUGCUUGCCUCAGCAGAUACUUCGUCAGUGACGUUGUACUACACCUUGGUCCUGCUAGCGCAGAGGAAGGAUUUAAGACAAGAGUUGGUCGCGGAGAUUGAAGCUUCACGGGCGGGCAAGGUCAUUGAUGAGGCCAGCCUGCGCAGCUUAGACAAGAUGGACUCUGCACUAAAGGAGUCGAUGCGCUUGAAACCCGUGGGCCCCAUGAUCUUGCGCACAGCGAUCGCAGAAGACGCCAUCCCAUUGGAAUCGGGAGAGCUGCGAGUAGCUCGUGGGACGCACUUCAUUUUGAACAUCCGAGAUUUUCAUGUGGACAAGGAGUAUUUCCCUUCUCCUUCAGAUGUGAGUCCGGACCGCUACAAGGACCCAAGUCAGAAUCGUCUCUUCACGCCCUUCGGACGUGGCCCCAAGAGCUGCGUCGGGCAACACUUCGCCAUGCUGGAGAUGAAAGCCAUCCUCUGCGAGGUACUGCAACGCUUGGAAUUCAGGACCAAGCAAGAUUUGGCUACGAUGGAAACCCGCUGGGACAUUGCAAACCACCCAGUGGCACCAGAGGCGUUUGAAGUCCGUCAGACGGAGAAGUUUUGCCAAGGAAGGGGUGAGAAGUUUCGACUGACAUCAAGAUCGAGCGGGCUGCCUGAAGAGCAGUGAAUGGUAGCGCGCCUUUGGCCAUGCCAUGCUGCAGUGCCAUGAAAGCAUGGCAAGAAAACCAUAAAGUGAAGAAAUGGAGACCUUCAAACGGAUGUUCUUUGUUUCGAGCAGAGAAGGGAUUCAAA